UCCAAUCUCCCCCGGCCGAGCACUUUUUUUUGGAAGUCCUAGGACUGAUCUUCAGGAUCAGGACUGUUCUCCCAGGCCCUGCUCAGCCAAAGGUAGGGAGAGUCACGCAGCCAAGCCAGGCUGGAGGAAGUGAAGUUCGGAGUGGAGAGGAUGGUGGAGGGACCAGGGAAAAGCGGUGGUGUGGGAUGGAGUCGAGGGAAAGCCAACCGAGAGUUUUAGUCUUGUCAAAGGGGAGUAAGACAAAAGAAGAGUGGAGAGAAGAGGCAGAUAUUGGGGGUGGGAGCUGCAGGGUCUUACAAAUAGUGCAGCCAGGAGAGCUCUAAGACUGGGGCUUCUCUGUGAGGCCCUAGCCCACACCCCCCCAAGCCAAAAUGUCUCCACAACAAAACUGUCUUGAUGGGUUUUUUCCUGGAUUGGGGGAAGCAUGUUCAGGGCGAACCCUCGCUGUGAAGGGGCUGUUCUAAGCCCCAGACAGAGAAGGCCUUGGCUGAGGAGCUGAUAGUGUCCUGGAUUCCAAUUACCCAGUGACAGCGAUGGUGGUGUUGGCAGGAGGCUUGGACAACCCCACUCCAUCCUCCAGCCUAGCUUGAGGCCUGGCCCUCCUGGGCUCCUUGACCUCGAAGGGCAUCUGAGAGCCUGUGUGCUGCGGGUUCUCCAUGCAUGUUUUGGUGUCUGCCCUCCCAGCCCAAGAAUCUGCCCAGAUAGGAAUUUGGGCUCCACUCCCAUCCAAGGGAUCUGAGAUCCGAGGAUCUCCUAGGCCCACACUUGCCUGCAUCUUUCCACAACCAGUACAGCUGUCUGUCGUCUGUCUUGCUAAAUGGGGUCAUCUGUGUCCCUCCCACAUCUGCUACUUGGCUCUUGCCAGACCCCCUCCUCCUCACUUGUCUGCUUCUCUCUCUCCCCAGUACUGUGUGCUUUCUUCUUUCCCUAUUACCUUCUAUCCAUCUUCAACGUUGUCGCGCUCUCUGUUUUUCUCCCUUUCAUUCCCACAGGCUCCCUUCCUCUUACAUCCUGUCUGUCUAGGUCUUCCUAUGCGUGUCUCUUGCUCAGUCUCUAUCCCUUUAUCUUGACCAUUCUCUGACUCUUGGUCUCUAAUCACUGUCUUUUGAUCUCUGGGUCUCUCAGACUGGUGAGUGGUGGUAAUGGAGAUGAUGAUGGCAGAGCUAGGGAAGGACACAGUGGGACAUAACAAUCGUGAGGACUUUGUUAUUUGCAAAAGGGGGGAAGAACAUUGUCUGUCUGUCUGCCUCCCCCCACCCCCUUCCGCCAUCUGGGUCUCUCAGGCUGUGCCUCUUUGACUCUGUCUCUCUGCCUUUAUUAAGUGUUUUUCUCUCUCUUUCUCUCCCUCUCUCUCUGUCCCUGAGACUCUUUCUGUCUCCAGUCUUACUCAGUGUCUGUUUUCCUUUCAUGACUCUCUCUCUCUCUCUCUGACUCUGGGCCUCCCUAAAUCUCAUUUUCUCUCACACACUGUCUCUCUCUCUCUGAGGCACCCAGGCCUUCCCUGCCAUGCUGCCUGUCAGUGUCUGGCAGUGGAGCCUGCGGGGGCUGCUGGUAUGCCUGCUGUGCAGCUCCUGCUUGGGAUCUCCGUCCCCUUCCACGGGUCCCGAAAAGAUGGCCGGAAGCCAGGGGCUGCGGUUCCGGCUGGCUGGCUUCCCCAGGAAGCCCUACGAGGGCCGUGUGGAGAUACAGCGAGCUGGUGAAUGGGGCACCAUCUGUGAUGAUGACUUCACGCUGCAGGCUGCCCAUGUCCUCUGUCGGGAGCUGGGCUUCACAGAGGCCACAGGCUGGACUCACAGUGCCAAAUAUGGCCCUGGAACAGGCCGCAUCUGGCUGGACAACCUGAGCUGCAGUGGGACUGAGCGGAGUGUGACUGAAUGUGCCUCCCGGGGCUGGGGAAACAGUGACUGUACCCACGAUGAGGACGCUGGGGUCAUCUGCAAGGAUCAGCGCCUCCCCGGCUUCUUGGACUCCAAUGUCAUCGAGGUAGAGCAUCACCUGCAGGUGGAGGAGGUGCGACUUCGACCAGCUGUUGGGUGGGGCAGGCGACCCCUGCCCGUUACUGAGGGACUGGUUGAAGUCAGACUUCCUGACGGCUGGUCGCAAGUGUGUGACAAAGGCUGGAGCGCCCACAACAGCCACGUGGUCUGCGGGACGCUGGGCUUCCCUAGCGAAAAGAGGGUCAACGCGGCCUUCUACAGGCUGCUGGCCCAGAGGCAGCAACACUCCUUUGGUCUGCAUGGGGUGGCGUGCGUGGGCACGGAGGCCCACCUCUCCCUCUGUUCCCUGGAGUUCUAUCGUGCCAAUGACACCGCCAGGUGCCCUGGGGGGGGCCCUGCGGUGGUGAGCUGUGUGCCAGGCCCUCUCUACACGGCGUCCAGUGGCCAGAAGAAGCAGCAGCAAUCGAAGCCUCAGGGGGAGGCCCGUGUGCGUCUUAAGGGUGGGGCCCACCUUGGAGAGGGCCGGGUAGAAGUCCUGAAGGCUGGCACGUGGGGCACAGUCUGUGACCGCAAGUGGGACCUGCAGGCUGCCAGUGUGGUGUGUCGGGAGCUGGGCUUCGGGAGUGCUCGAGAGGCUCUGAGUGGUGCCCGCAUGGGGCAGGGCAUGGGAGCCAUCCACUUGAGUGAAGUCCGAUGCUCUGGACAGGAGCCCUCCCUCUGGAAGUGCCCCCACAAGAACAUCACAGCUGAGGACUGCUCCCAUAGCCAGGAUGCUGGGGUCCGAUGCAACUUACCCUACACUGGGAUGGAGACCAAGAUCCGACUCAGUGGGGGCCGCAGCCGACAUGAGGGGCGAGUUGAGGUGCAAAUAGGUGGACCUGGGCCCCUUCGCUGGGGCCUCAUCUGUGGGGAUGACUGGGGGACACUCGAGGCUAUGGUGGCCUGUAGGCAACUCGGUCUGGGCUAUGCCAACCACGGCCUGCAGGAGACCUGGUACUGGGACUCAGGGAAUAUAACAGAGGUGGUGAUGAGUGGAGUGCACUGCACAGGGACUGAGCUGUCCUUGGACCAAUGUGCCCAUCACAGCACCCACAUCACCUGCAAGAGGACAGGGACCCGCUUCACUGCUGGAGUCAUCUGUUCUGAGACCGCAUCAGAUCUGCUGCUGCACUCAGCAUUGGUGCAGGAGACCGCCUACAUCGAGGACCGGCCCCUGCACAUGUUGUACUGUGCCGCAGAAGAGAACUGCCUGGCCAGCUCAGCCCGCUCAGCCAACUGGCCUUAUGGUCACCGGCGCCUGCUCCGAUUCUCCUCCCAGAUCCACAACCUGGGACGAGCAGACUUCAGACCCAAGGCUGGGCGCCACUCCUGGGUGUGGCACGAGUGCCAUGGGCAUUACCACAGUAUGGACAUCUUCACUCACUACGAUAUCCUGACCCCCAACGGCACCAAGGUGGCUGAGGGCCACAAAGCUAGUUUCUGUCUAGAAGACACUGAGUGUCAGGAGGAUGUCUCCAAGAGGUAUGAGUGUGCCAACUUUGGAGAGCAAGGCAUCACUGUGGGUUGCUGGGAUCUCUAUAGGCAUGACAUCGACUGCCAGUGGAUUGACAUCACAGAUGUGAAGCCAGGAAACUAUAUUCUCCAGGUGGUCAUCAACCCAAAUUUUGAAGUAGCAGAGAGUGACUUCACCAACAACGCAAUGAGAUGUAACUGCAAAUACGAUGGACAUCGCAUCUGGGUGCACAACUGCCACAUUGGUGAUGCCUUCAGUGAAGAGGCUAACAGGAAGUUCGAGCGCUAUCCUGGCCAGACCAGCAACCAGAUCGUCUAAAGUGCCACCAACCUCCUCUGCAAACCACCACUGGCCCCUAAUGGCAGGGGUCUGAGGCUGCCAUUACCUCAGGAGCUUACCGAGGAACCCCUGAUGUCAAUAGACCUACCACACUCAUCCAACUGUGCACUAUGAAUGUCAAGCAGAAGUAAUGAUCCUUCCCAGGCCAGCUAUCAGUAUGUGUGGCCAAGCAUGGGGAAUCUUUGCUCCCAGGCCCAGCACCGAGCAGAGCACACCACAAAGAACAGCACCUAACUGCCCAGAACAACAGGUGGCAGCGGCUCAUUUUCUUGAAUAGGGAGGUCAGGGUGGUCAGCUCCAGUGUCUCUCCUAAGUUGAGGGGGAUACAGCUUUACCUCUAGCCUUUUUGUGGGGGAAAUGAUCCAGCCCCCACCCCCAUUUCUGACUAUAACAUGUUGCUAGGUAUAAUUUUAUUUUAUAUAAAAAAUGUUGUUGCGAUUCUUCAGAGCCCAGGGAUUGGUGCUGGUGGUUGGAGGGACCUGCCCCCAAUUGGUUCAUUAAAUCCUCUGCCCAGGUACCCUCAGAGCCUAGGCUAGGAAGGCAAGGAGGAAAUCA